UGGGCCAAACCCUUCGACCCCUCAGCAGUGCAGAGGCUGCUGAACUGGGCGCUGCCCACGUGCUGCAGGCGAUUCCUGUGGCGCCAGCCAGGCGAGUUUCCGGUCACUGCCGUCCUCCUGGGGGCAGGCACCGGGGGGCUCCUGGCCAUAGGUCUCUUUCAGCUCCUGGUGAACCCCAUGAACAUCUGUGAAGAUCAGAAGAUGAUGACGUUGUACAGCUUGGUGGGCUUCGGGGCUGUGGGCUGGGGGACGUCCCCUCACAUCCGUUGUGCCAGCCUCCUGCUCAUACCCAAGAUGCUGGGCAAAGAGGGCAGGCUCUUUGUGUUGGGAUACGCCUUGGCCGCCAUCUACGAGGGACCAGUGGCCAACCUGCGGCACAACCUCAAUGAGGUGGUAGCGUCGCUGGGCUGCACCGUGGAACUGCAGAUCAACAACACCCGUGCGGCCUGGCGCGUCUCCACAGCCCCGCUGCGCACCGUGUUCAAGGACCUGCUGGGCAGCAAAGAGACGCUGAGAGCUGAGACUCAAAACAUCUCCAACUUCUUUGAGGACCUGGACGCCCAGGUGAAUAGCGACACUGGCUACACUCCCGAGGAUGCCACAGGCUUGGAGGAGACAGCCCGAAGUGGGGGGACCCAUCGAGCCGUGGCUUCCAGACACCGCCUCUCUACACAGAAGAUGUAUGAACUGAAGACCAAGCUGCGUUGCUCCAACAUAGUGAACCGAGCCAUACUCAGCUGCCGCCGCUGGUUUGACAAAAGGCACGAACAGUGCAUGCAACGUAUCUCGAUCCCUCUCCUCAACCACCUGCUCUGUCUGCCCAUGAAGUUCAAGUUCUUCUGUGGCAUUGCCAAGGUGAUGGAAGUUUGGUGCCACAGUCGCAUCCCAGUGGAAGGCAACUUUGGGCAGACCUACGACUCCGUCAACCAGUCUGUCCAUGGCCUGUAUGGGGAAUUUUCAGCCACUAUCGACCUUAAGGAAGAGAAGCAGGCCGGGCUGCUGGGCCUCAACCCUGGCUGGGAGCACGUGAGCACCGAGGUGCGGGACUACGUGAGAGGCCAGGAGGCCAAGCUGGAGCGGGCCCUGGAGCUGCUGCACGUGCUGCUCUCCUUCACCUUCCUGCUCAUCCUCCACGCGUCCUUCUCCUACAUGGACCGCUAUAAUGGGGACAUUCGCUUUGACAACAUCUACAUCAGCACCUACUUUUGUCAGAUUGAUGAACGCAGGAGGAAACUGGGCAGACGGACACUGUUGCCGCUUCGCAAAGCUGAGAAGAAAACCGUCAUCUUCCCUUAUGGCCCCACUAUCCAGGCCUCAGAAAUGAGAAAUGUGGUAAGGGAGCUAAUGGGGACGCUGCCUGUUCUGCUGCUGCUUCUGGUGCUGUGUGGACUGGACUGGGCUCUCUACUCCACCUUCGACACCAUCCGCCACCACUCCUUUCUGCAGUACUCCUUCCACAGCAGUCAUAGGUUGGAGGUGAAAGUUGGGGGAGACUCCAUGCUUGCCCGGCUCCUUCGGAAAACCGUCGGGGCCCUGAACACCUCUUCAGAGACGAUGGUGGAAUCGAACAACAUGCCCUGUCUGCCUCAGCCUGUGUGCCUGAAUGCCAGAGCCUAUCUGAGGACUGGACUACCCGUUGGCCUGCUAGUGUGUCUCUGCCUGCUCCAGGCUUUCGGCUACAGGCUCCGGAGGGUCAUCGCAGCCUUCUACUUCCCCAAGCGAGAGAAGAAGCGGGUCCUGUUCCUCUACAAUGAGCUCCUGAGGAAAAGAGCAGCCUUCACCAAGCUGAGGAGGGCGGCCAUCAUAAGGCAAGCCCGGCAGCAGAGGGCUCCACGCCACCACCUGACGGACAUCCUGCACCACCGCUGCCCCCUUUUGCGCCCCUGGCUGCGCCGGCGCUGCGUGGUGUGCCAGGCACCGGAGACCCCGGAGUCCUACGUGUGUCUCACUCCCGACUGCGAGGCCGUAUACUGCAGGUCGUGCUGGGACGAUAUGCGACAGCGGUGCCCAGUCUGCACCCCGCGAGAGGAACUCUCCUCCUCCGCCUGCAGCGAUAGCAACGAUGACGCUACCUACGCGGAGUGAAGGGGCAUUCUAUUCAUUCUUCGUCUCGCUUCUUCCUAUUUAAUAAAAUGCCUGUACACUCCUGC